UCAAAGACAAAGUGGCAGUGAGGAUGCAUGGUAGAUCUCUUACCACCUCCAAAACACUUUGCUGACCAGGGCAGCCUUUCCCUUAACCUGAACAUGUCGUUUUAACAUUGAAUACAUUCAACAAACGACAUUGCCUCUUUGCCCCCCCUUGCCCCAUCAUGUUGGAAUUGCCUUGAGAUUCGAGGAACUAAAGAGUCUCGACGAAUCAAAGGUUAAAAAUCCCUUAAAUAUUUGUUCUUUUUCGAAAGAAAUUUACGAUAUACACUAAAUUGAAAAAAAAAAAAAAAAGAAGACGACAUUAAUAGAGUGAAGGAGGGAGUUUCUCUCUCUAGUGCACUUUAUUCUGUCGAUACUUUGCUGUUUUACUGAGAACGAGGCUCGCUUUGUUUAACAAAGAAAGGGGGCUGCCUUGUUCUUUCUUUCUUCCUCUUUCUUUAUGUCUGCCGCAUUGUCUUGUUCUACUUCAGGAAUCUGCCUUCUCUUCCCAUCUCACUUCCACGCAUUAAAGUGCUCUUUCUUGCUGUAGUCGUUGGACCUUCAUUUUCUCAGGUUUUUCGGCUUCUUCCUUUGCUUUCGUAUACGUAAUAGCACUAGAAAGAAGAAAGUAAGACAAUCCCAUUUCUUGUUUACUUCUCUUUGGUUAAACUUUUACCUUGUUUUUGUGCAAGCAAACAUAGACACAUUUGUUUGCCUGGUUAACUAUCUGGGACCAAAGAACUCAGUUUGUUUUACUCUAGUAAAAAGCCUGAAAUUGGGGAAGGAGAGUACCGUCUAUGGGGUUCUAUUAACAGCUUCAUUUCUUUUAUCUUUUUUCGGGAUUAUUACAAGCAGAGCUGGGAUUUCCGGGAAUAGUAAAGAGCAAUUUAGGAACUGUAUGAAGUAGAAGUCUAACAAUGACAGAUGGGAAACCAAAGAAAAGCAAGCUCUCAUGGUCCAAAAAAAUGGUCAGAAAAUGGUUCAAUAUCAAAAGCAAAACUGAGGACUUUCAAGCAGAUGAUCAUGUUUAUGGAGGUUCUUUUCAUCAAACUUCAGGAGGUGAAGUGGAAUACAGGACUAGCUUCUCAGAAAGGGAGCCAUGCACAAUAAAAAAGAGUAAAACAGAAAAAUUUAGUAAGAAUACAGAACAAAGCAGGCGAGGGAGAAUGAAUCUCGAUCACCCUCGAAUCAUAGAUGUCCAAAAUUAUAGCAUUUUUGUAGCUACAUGGAAUGUGGCUGGAAGAUCCCCACCUAGUAAUUUGAAUCUAGAAGAUUGGCUUCAUUCCUCUCCUCCUGCAGAUAUAUAUGUCUUAGGGUUUCAAGAGAUAGUUCCUUUGAAUGCUGGGAAUAUUUUGGGGGCUGAAGACAAUGGUCCGGCCAAAAAGUGGUUGUCUCUCAUUAGAAAGACUCUAAAUAAUCUUCCAGGAACUAGUGGAGGAGGGGGUUGCUAUACACCAUCUCCUGUUCCACAGCCCAUUGUUGAGAUGGAUGCGGACUUCGAGGGGUCAUCUAGGCAGAAGAAUUCAUCUUUCUUUCAUCGCCGAUCAUUUCAAACAACCAACAGCUGGAGAAUGGACAAUGACCCCUCCAUUUCACAACCACGACUUGACAGACGAUUUAGUGUUUGUGAUCGGGUAAUAUUUGGUCAUAGGCCAAGUGACUAUGAUUCCAGUUAUAGAUGGGGUAACAGGCCUAGUGAUUACUCCCGGCCUAGUGAUUACUCCAGGCCAAGUGAUUACUCCAGAUGGGGUUCUUCAGAUGACGAUAACGGGAUUGCAGAUUCACCCAGUACUGUAUUGUACUCUCCAAUGUCCUAUGGUGGAUCUGCAUCAAAUGAACAAGGAUAUAGGAUGACGGGACAUUCAAGGUACUGUUUGGUGGCUAGUAAGCAAAUGGUUGGCAUAUUUCUCACAAUUUGGGUGAGAAGUGAAUUGAGAGAUCAUGUUAAAAACAUGAAAGUAUCUUGUGUUGGCAGAGGACUGAUGGGUUAUCUUGGAAAUAAGGGUUCUAUAUCUGUUAGUAUGUCGGUGCAUCAAACAAGCUUUUGCUUCAUCUGUAGCCAUUUAACUUCUGGGCAAAAGGAGGGUGAUGAGCUAAGAAGAAACUCUGAUGUCAUGGAGAUUCUUAAGAAGACGAGGUUUCCACCAGUUCAUAAUGCAGCUGAUGAGAAGUCUCCUGAAACAAUCCUUGAGCAUGAUCGAAUAAUUUGGCUUGGGGAUUUGAACUACCGAAUCUCCCUCUCUUAUCGGUCGGCCAAGGCACUUGUUGAGAUGCAGAACUGGAGGGCAUUGUUAGAAAAUGACCAGUUGAGGAUAGAGCAGAAAAGAGGACGUGCUUUUGUGGGAUGGAAUGAAGGAAAGAUUUACUUCCCACCAACAUACAAGUAUUCAACUAAUUCCGACAGAUAUGCAGGAGAUGAUAUGCACCCAAAGGAGAAACGCCGAACUCCUGCUUGGUGUGACCGGAUAUUGUGGUACGGGGAAGGCCUCCACCAAUUAUCUUAUGUCCGUGGAGAAUCUAGGUUCUCAGAUCACCGACCAGUUUACGGUAUAUUUUGGGCUGAGGUUGAGUCAAGCCAUGGCCGAUUGAAGAAAAGCAUGAGCCACUCUAGUUCAAGGAUUGAGGCAGAGGAUCUUCUGCCAUAUGCGCAUGGAUACACUGAGUUAAAUUUCUUCUGAAGAGUGAGGGCCCUCGCUGAAGUAAAUAUCUUUUGGAGAAAUUUCAAAGCCCUUCUGCAUAUCAGCAAUAAUCUUGCAUUCUGAAAUCAUCCAGGAAUUUACUUUGGGGCUUUCAUUAUUAAAGGUGAUGGCGACAUUCCUUUGCUCUUUAAACCAAAACAAGGUGUAAAUUCUGCAUAAAUACGACGUUAGCUUACAAAUACCGGUCUCGGUGCAAUGCAUAGUUAACUGAUAUACAAGCACCCACUUUUCCUUUCCCCUUAUUAUUCAUAAUUACCAGGUACUGUAUAUACAUACACACUUCAUUUCUGGUGAUUACAUCUUUAUACUUCAAAAGUAGAAAGAUAAACUUAUGUGAUAAUGAUACGAGCUUUUGAUGUUUUUGAGGGGUGAAGUUGGUGUAUCAAGAACUGCCCGAAGUGGGUAGUUGAAGAUUGUUUUAUUGAUGAUGAUUCUUUUGUUAAGUAAUUCUUUUUAGCAGCUAAAGAUGAUGAAGUACGGUGCUUACUUUUUGUUUUAAAUUCCAAAGAAAAGUAAAGGUUUGAUAAUACUCAUUAAGUGAUAGAAGAAAUGUAACCAAAAAAAAAAAAAAAACAGAAGAAGAUAAUAAUAGACAUGGGAAUGGUUCUUUUA